AUAUGUUCAAAAGUCGUCGUCAAGACUUUUCAGAGAUCACCAUGGCGAAAGCGAAGGGAGCUCAGACGCCAUGGCUCGACGACCCUUCAUCUUGUGGCUUCACGGGUUGGGAGACUCUGGACCUGCCAACGAAAACGUCAAGACUGUUUUCAAGUCCCCGGAGCUGAGUGACGCUAAGUGGCUCUUCCCUUCUGCUCCAUACAAUCCUGUUACCUGCAACAAUGGUCGGGUGAUGCCUUCUUGGUUUGAUGUCCCUGAGCUUCCUUUUAAAGCGGGAUCUCGAAUUGAUGAAGCCAGCAUUCUUGAAGCAGUUAAGAACGUUCAUGCUAUUAUAGACGAAGAGAUUGCAAGAGGAACAAGACCAGAAAACGUGUUUAUCUGUGGUUUAAGCCAAGGAGGUGCUUUAACCUUGGCUAGUGUUCUUCUCUAUCCAAAAACACUUGGAGGUGGAGCUGUCCUUAGCGGUUGGGUUCCAUUCACUUCUUCAGUCAUCAAUCAAUUUCCCGAACAAGCUAAAAAGACACCAAUAUUGUGGUCUCAUGGUACUGAUGAUGAGCUUGUGCUCUUUGAAGCUGGUCAAGCUGCUCUUCCUUUUCUUGAACAAGCCGGUGUGACCUGUGAAUUCAAGGCGUAUCCAGGUCUUGCGCACUGGAUGAGCAACAAGGAGCUACAGUAUAUAGAGUCAUGGAUCAAGUCACGGAUGCAAAGUUCGUCGUCUUCAUCUUGAGUGUCUUAAAGCAAUGCUGCUUUCAUUCAAUAUAAAUAUAUCUGUGAAGAACAUUGAUUAAAGUUCUUCCUCUUGUAAGCAAAAGAUAAAACAUUGUUCAUCAAAUAUCUUGAUUGUUGUGUUACUUUAUUUUAU